CAUUACAAAAUGGCAGAUUAAAGUUGGAGUUUUUCGACAGUGGUAACGUUUUAUCAUUUGCUAUACUAUUCUUUUGUCUGCUGAUUUCAUAACGUCGUCGGAAAGAAACCUGUGAUUCAAUAUGACAGAUACUGCGGUGGAUCCGCAGGCAGAGGUCCGGAAACUGCAGGAUCUUGUAAAGAAAUUGGAACGGCAAAAUGAAGUCCUACGAAGUAGACAGAAUCUGACAGAAACAGACCCACCACAGGUGGACAGUUCUUCCAAACUUAGUGAUAAAAAUCAGGACAAAUCACUUUUAAAAGACGAUAAUAAUCACAGGAUAAAUAGCAAGAAAAAUACUAGUUUAGAAGAAGUGGAUGUGAUAGAUCUUGAAAAAGUUUUUAGGGAUGAAGACGAAGAUAGCUGGUUAUAUACCUCCCCCAAAAGACCUAGUCCCCAGGAUCGCAAUGUGAGCCCGUACAAGUGGAUGAGGCACGUGUUCGACCACCCGAGUCCCGAGGUGGAGAGCGCCAGGAGGUCUCUUGUGGGACGCCUGGAAGAACUAGCCAGAAGUAGUAGAAGCCCAUUUGGUUCUCCUGGUAGAUGCUCUAGUAACAGUAGCCCGGUAGUAAAUGGGGGUGGUUCAAUACCAAAUAUUAAACAGCCAUUAAUAGCAAUAAAACAGGGAUCUAGGAUAGAUACAGGAACUUUUACUCGGCCGAAAAAGACGCGUGAUUCAACAGAUGGCAAGGAGAGUGGCCUCAAGUCCAGCAUGGUCACUGAGGGGCAAGAAGACCAACAUAAGAUAGACGUGCAUGACAUACAAGAACUGGCAAGAUUACAAGAAGAAAGUUUGAGGCAAAGUUUUUCACCUUUGACGUCUCCCAGGAGAACUGCCAAAGUAAAAGCCGGACCUGUGCCACCGCUAUCUUUGAGUGAUGCAGAAAAUUCCUCACCAUUAAGUUCAAACAGGUCUAGUCCAGGGAGAUUUGAAGGAGACCCACCAUUAAGAAGACUGAGUAAUGGAGUCCAGUCAACAGGGUCCCUGUCCUCUGGGAGCAGUCCACCUGAUAGUCCAUAUGGAAGCCAGUAUCUAGAAACACAGAAGGAACCUCAUCGCAGAAGUUUGCCAAAUCUCUCCAAGGGGACGUCAAAUUUAAAAUCUCCAACAAGUGCCACUGGCUCAGAAACAUUUAGAGUCCAAGCUCCCCAAGUACAGCGCCCAUCAGGAAUGAAAGAGCCUGUCAAUCAUUCUCCGACGUAUCGACCCACGUCACCAGCAGUUAGUGGUCUCAGACAACCAGCCAAGCGGCCAGUUUCGCCUGCUGGAAGUGGGAUCCCUGGACCCAAGACGGGAAUCCCAAGACCAGGGAGAACAGGAAUUCCUUCGCCUAGGAGGAAUAACUAUGGCAUGACAGCAGCGGGGAGGAGUGGAUCUAAAAACAGUAUAGAUAGUGACGAGAGCUGGAAAGAAGGGUGUUACUAGUUGUUCUGGUACGAGGCAGAGGACAAAGAGGCAGUGGACCUGGUACCCGAGAUAUGGAAAAAAUAGUCGACUUAAGUUCACAGAAAGAAGACUGUUAAUGGCAGAGCAAGAGAGAUGGGGGGCACAAGGCACAACUAGAUCAAAAUAUUUGUUUAUUUAUUCAUUUAUUUUCAUCUUUGAGGCUGAUGGAAAGAUUGUUGAGAAUGUUUGAGAAGCAGGCAGUUUCUGAAAACAGAUACAAUCAACACUGAUAGAGUAUAGGGGGAUUUUUUUUUACAACUAAAAUAUACUUUAUUGAAACUAUGAAAUGUAAAUUCUCACUUCUCCUGACAUCUGCCAGCUUCUACAUAUUUUUCCCACAUACUUCCAUGUUUGGAUACUGCUUUCUUGCAAGCAACCAUAGAGCUGAUGAACAUCACCAUGGUCUUGUUGAGUCCAGCUCAUAUGUUUUGAAUGACUGAACCAGAAACUGAUUGCUUAUACUUGAAGAACGGCAUUUUACAGACAAGCUUAAAACCAACCAUUUCUUAGUGUUACUGUAGCAGCAAUAUACUGUAGUUAUUCAGUUUUCUAGGAAGUUUUUAGUACAUGGUGCAUCAUGCAGAUUGGUAAAAAUGUAAAUAAGGGACAUUCAAUGAAUGUAGAGAGAAAUUUUGAUCAAAAUUAUUUGAAUAUCUAGGAUAAAUGAAUCGGAAUUAGCCUUUGGAUCAUGGGAAAAUUUAUAAAUGUACUAAAUUGAAUGUCCCAGACUUCCUAUGCUACCAACACAGCUUGACUGUUUCUGUUGUGCUUUUUUGCAUCCUUUGUAAUCGGUGUCAUCUUUCAUAUUUUGUUUUCACAUUUAUCAGUACGAUUAAAAUCCCCCUCUUAGGAUGUCGUUGGUGUUUAAGAAACCACCUGGCCUGUCAAGCAUCUCCUCCUUGUCUUCAUAUUUUUUUAAUCAGUCAAUAAUUAUAUUCCUUUUUUACAAGGGCAUAGGAAUAGAGAAAGUGCUUCUUGUCUCAUAUUUCCCUGCCACCCUUCCCAAUCUGCCAUUGAUUUUUUUUUUCUGUGAAUGGUGGAUUUUAACAGUCAACAGCAAUACGAGAGUCACAAAAUAACAAUAAUUUAUUUAUUGAAUUGCUACCUGCGGGCAGUGGUAAGGCAAAAUGUAUUUGCUUCAGUCGGAUUUAAUCCUAUGAGUAUUUGCAGGGUUGUGCACAACUUUGCUAGGGGCUUUUUUUCUCCUCAUUACUUAUUUGGCUUAAGCUGUACUUCUACUGGACAGGCAAUACCAGAUAUAUCAGCAGUUAAAUUUAAACAGACUGAAUUGAACAUGAUGAUUAGUAAUAAUAAAAAGAGCUACAUGCAAUCAAUGAAGAGAUAUGGAGACGAAAGCUUGCGAGUCACAUUGAUUGUCGUGACCCAUUUACAACGUGAAAAUUGUUUAGAAUGCGACUUCACAGUAUACAAUACUAGAGCCUGGUAAGUGCUUAGCUGUCUAUACAUUAUGGGAAAAAAACUUGUGAUAUUUUAAGUUUUGUCAUAACAAAGCCAGUCAACACUUUUAAGGGUUUGCAUUAAACGACCAGCAAUGAUAAAAAACUAGGGGUGAAGUAUUCACGAGUUAUAUUACAGGACCCAUCAGCACGAUGGAGACUUUAGACACUGACAGCUAUUGUUUUAAAAAAUCAUGUAUGUAAACCAUUAAUAUCUACACCAAGAAGACAUAUUAUUUUAUAUACUGUAGUGUAUAGAUUGUAUAUCAUUGUAUAUACUAAUAAUUGUUGAUAUUAUCUGUCUUGUUUUUGAGUUGCUGUGGCCUUUAUUUGAAAUAUUUUCAUGUGGAUUUCUCGGAAUUUAUUCUACUAACAAUUACAAAAAUUACAUAAUGUGGUUGUUAACCACCUAACAAGCAUCCAGAUCAAAGUAACAUGGAUAAUCAUUGUCAUUAGAAAUUUUCAUUUAGAGUUUGUGGAUUUGAGGUCACUGCGUAAAAGUAUUUCAGUCAUGUUAACAUGGUAUAUCUUUUUGAUAUGUUUUUAAAAUUUUGAAUCUUUGAAAUUCUGUUUGGUCGCUUUAAGAUAAUAUCACUAAACAAUUAUUUUACUUUGCUCAUUUCCUGUUCAUUUGUUUUUAAAAUGUUUUGUCUACUUCCAAAAAUCAAGGGUUUGUUGUUAUGGAAAGUAUAUAAAUGCAUUGAAUAGUUUUUGUUCAAGAAGUGAUUGUCUUAUCUCUUGUUAAGCUUAAUAACCAUGAACCUGGUCCAGCCUUUGUUUGGUAUAUUUAAAAUUGCUUUGGGAAAAAUUAUUUAUCAAGAAUCAGGUGAUGGAAGAUCAGGCUGUUCACAGCUUACUGCAGCUGAUAGUGAUCCCUCUUUCAUAUUUAUUUCAAGGCAAAAUAAAUGAUCAUUAAAAAAAUGAA